AUGUCUGAUCAAGACAGUAAUCAGAGCAAAUACAGUAAACUGCGAAGUGUCUACAAAUACUACAUUGAUUCGUAUGAUGCGUUAUAUCAGCUGAAAACGGAAAAAGAAGAAGAUUUAAACUCGAUUUACAAAAUGAUCAAAACGAAUUUGAUUGAUUCAAAGAAGCGUCUUCCCCAAAUUAUAAUAAAAGAUAUUUUGGGUAUCGUUCCGUAUAAUAAUCGCUAUACAAAGUCAUAUUUAUAUCUUGCAAAACUCGUAUCAGAUGAUUAUCAAAUCAAAGAGGUCUGUAAUGUUGAAUAUGUUUCAAACUUUUUGUUUUACAAAGAAUAUGGCAUUAAAUUAGACAAGUCUGUUAAUUUCGAAAAAAUUAAAUCAGAAAAUCUCGACAUUCUUAAAGAAAAUACAAUUUACAAAGCAAUUAUGAAUAAUGACUUAGAAGUAUUCAUUUCAUUCACUGAAAGAGAAGGAUUUGCUGUAAAUCAAACACUUAGAAGUAGUUUAUAUCCAUAUUCUUACUAUGGAUAUUCAUUACUUGAAUUAUGUUGUUUGUUUCAAGUUCUUAAGGGUGCACCCGUAUGUACGUUUAUUUGA